UGACUUUGAGAGGAGGGACUGUCAAAUGUGUUAAGUAGAUAACCGAGCUGCAGUAGAUUUUCUCGUGCUCAAUAUUCGAGAAAUAAACAUUAAUUCUUCAAUAACAUUAAAACUUGUUUGAAAUGGCACACUACAAAGGUGCAGCUUCAGAAGCUGGCAGAGCCAUGCAUUUAAUGAAGAAACGAGAAAAAGCACAACAAGAAAUAGAACUACGAAAAAAGAAGAUUGAAGAGGAUUUAAAGAUAGAUAAUAUCGAAAACAAAUUCGCUACACAUUAUGAUGCAGUGGAACAACAAUUAAAAAGUUCUACUAUUGGCUUAGUAACUCUUGAUGAAAUGAAAGCCAAACAAGAACAUAUAGUUAGGGAAAGGGAGAAAAAGUUAGCCCAAAAGAAAGCGGAAAAAGAGAAGGAACGUCAAAAAGAAAUAGAAGCUAAACAGGCCCAAAAAAACAAACAAAAAAGACAAAUUCAAGCUCUUUCUUUUGAUUUAAAUGAAGAUGAAGAAGAAGAUGUAGAAGACGAAGAAACGCCAGAAACUACCUGGCGAGACAAAGAUGAAACGGUAUGUAAAAAAAUUAAAAAAAAUCCAGAUGUAGACACAUCAUUUUUACCUGACAGAGAACGAGAGGAAGCUGAUUUGAAAUUAAGGGAGGAGCUCAGAUUAGAGUGGGUCAUGACUCAAGCGAGCCUUAAGGAUGAGCCCAUUACUGUUACAUUCAGCUAUUGGGAUGGAUCCGGCCAUAGAAGAAAUGUCACAUUAAAAAAAGGUAAUUCUAUAUAUCAAUUCCUUCAAAGAUGUUUGGAUACACUUAGGCCUGAGUUUAGUGAACUGAAAACAGUAUCAGCUGAUCAACUUAUGUAUGUAAAAGAAGACCUGAUAUUGCCGCAUCAUUAUACAUUUUAUGACUUUAUUGUUACAAAGGCAAGAGGUAAGAGUGGUCCCCUAUUCCAAUUUGAUGCCUCAGAUGAUAUACGAUUAGUGAAUGAUGCAACACAAGAAAAACAAGAUUCACAUGCCGGAAAAGUACUUUUAAGAUCGUGGUAUGAAAGAAACAAACAUAUCUUUCCUGCAUCUAGGUGGGAACCCUAUGAUCCAACUAAAACAUAUUCCAAAUAUACAAUUAAAGGAAAAUAAGAUACAGUAGAAUUUAUAUAUAUGUA